AUGACGCCCCUCCCAACGACCCAGACGCAAUCCGCUGCGUUAGGUGUUGCGCACCAAGGCCAACCGUCAUCCGGCAAGGUAGCACCACCGCGUGGCGCGUUUGGUAUCCAAACAAACUCCAAGUCGGCGGAAAUGGUUCCCACCGACACCGAUACCGACUCGGAGGAAGACCGGGCCUUCUUCGCUGCCGAGGAGCGGCUCCGCCAGGAGUACCGUGACGACAUAGCCAAGGGCGGAGGCUAUCGUCGUCCUCAGGGCUCGACAUUAAAGCCGGUCACGCCUGUCGAGUGCUCUCGCCCCGGCCGCACAAACACGACGCAUACCAAGGGCGUCGCCUUCUGCUACGACGACGGGAUCUGCAAGCCAUGCGCCAACAGUAUCCCGGCCAAGCUCCCAAAAGUCGAACUGUGUGGGCGACGUGCCUGA